AUGAUAACAGACAACAGCCACCUGCCAGACAGUAUCCAAGAACAAGACCCUGUAACUACUUCAAGCAAUAAUUGCCUGCAUAAUGCUGAUGAAUUGAGCACUGAACAAGAAAAUGGCAUUUGUAACAGUGAGCCGGGUAAUGGUAUUAGAGUUCCCAACUCUGCCAGCCAGUCAUCCACUUCCAUGGCUGUUCCUUUGGAGGUGCCCAGAAGAGGACAACCCCUUUUACAGAUCAACAGGCAACAGAUUCAGUCCAUCUCAUAUAGUGCACAGGCUGCUGAGCUCAAAGGUUUAGGAAUUGAUGUCUAUGACCAGGAUGUAUUGGAGCAAGGAGUUCUUCAGCAAGUAGAUAAUGCAAUUAAUGAAGCUAAUAAAGCAACAAAAAUAGCUGAUGCGGAGAAAGAAUAUCAGUCAGUGCUGGAUGACUUAAGAUCAUGUGCAACAUCUCUGAAACAAAUAAAUAAAAUUAUUGAACAACUUUCACCUCAGGCUGCCGACAACAAAGAUAUAAACAGAAAACUAGAUUCCGUAAAACGGCAGAAAUAUAACAAGGAGCAACAGCUAAAGAAGAUCAAAGCAAAACAAAAGCGUCUCCAAGCAAUUCUUGGUGGAACAGAAAUUCUUGAUAAAGUAAAUGAGAUUGAAUUCGAGGAAGAUGAAGAACCUGGUCCAUCAUGUCUUGGCAGUAUGCUUAUGCCUGUUCAGGAAACAGAGUGGGAAGAGCUUAUUCGUACUGGCCAGAUGACUCCAUUUGGAACUAAAAUACCUCAGAAGCCAGAGAGGAAGACACUAAAUGAAGCAUCUGAUUUUGAGAAGUACUUAGCAGACCAAGCUAAGCUGUCAUCUGAAAGAAAGAAGUUAUCCCUUCACAAAGGAGCAAAGAAGAAAGCACAAGCCAAAAAUGUUCUGUGCAUAGCUCCCACAUCUACUACAAAGGAAAAAAGGGGUAAAGUCCUGUCAAAAACAGAUAAGCGCUUAAAAAAACAUAUGAGAAAACUUCAGAAGCAUGUCCUUCAGAUUCAAUCAAAGGCAGAGAUUCCAAAAGAAAAGAAAUCUCUUGAGGCCAGGAAGUUCAGGCAUGAACAGGAGGAUGAUAGUGGAGAGUCUGAACAUGUACCUGAUGAGGAGCUCUUUGAUCCAGAAGCAGCAGAAGAGGAGGAAGAGCAGGCAUCUUCUCAUGCUGAGAAUGAUUCUGAUUAUGAACUCAGGAAUUUGUCAAGAAAAAGAAAAUACUUGGUGAAGAGAGAUUUUAAAGAAACUGAAGAUGAUGCUGACUUCUUUCCAAGCUCUGAGGAAGAAGAGCAUACACUAGGGAAGCGCAAAGUAAGGAGAUGGAGAGAUGAUGGAGAUGAAGACUAUUAUAAACAGAGACUAAGGAGGUGGCAAAAAGAACAUUUGAAGGACAAAGAACAUCAAAGAGCUGAGGAACUCUCUGAAGAAAGUGACACUGAAUUUGAAGAGGGUUUCAAAGUACCAGGAUUUCUCUUCAAGAAACUUUUUAAGUACCAGCAGACAGGUGUUAGGUGGCUCUGGGAAUUGCACUGCCAGCAGGCAGGAGGAAUUCUGGGAGAUGAGAUGGGAUUGGGCAAGACCAUCCAGAUAAUUGCCUUCUUGGCAGGUCUGAGCUACAGCAAGAUAAGGACUCGUGGUUCAAAUUACAGGUACCAGGGAUUGGGUCCAACAGUGAUUGUUUGUCCAGCUACUGUGAUGCAUCAGUGGGUAAAAGAAUUCCACACUUGGUGGCCUCCGUUUAGAGUUGCCAUUCUCCAUGAAACCGGUUCUUAUACUGACAAAAAGGUGAAACUAAUUCAUGAAAUUGCUUCAUGCCAUGGAAUUUUAAUUACCUCUUAUUCAUACAUUCGACUGAUGCAGGAUAACAUCCACAGCUAUGACUGGCAUUAUGUGAUUCUGGAUGAGGGUCACAAAAUCCGAAAUCCAAAUGCCGCAGUCACGCUUGCAUGCAAGCAGUUCCGCACACCCCAUCGAAUCAUCUUGUCUGGCUCCCCUAUGCAAAAUAACCUAAAGGAGCUCUGGUCCCUCUUUGACUUUGUAUUCCCAGGGAAACUGGGAACACUACCUGUGUUCAUGGAACAAUUUUCUGUUCCAAUAACCAUGGGAGGAUAUUCCAAUGCCUCUCCUGUCCAGGUAAAAACUGCAUACAAAUGUGCCUGUGUGUUACGGGAUACCAUAAACCCCUACUUGCUGCGAAGAAUGAAGGCUGAUGUAAAAAUGAGCCUUUCACUUCCAGAUAAAAAUGAACAGGUCCUCUUUUGCCGUUUGACAGAUGAGCAGCGUCAAGUCUAUCAAAAUUUCAUCAACUCUAAAGAAGUUUACCAGAUUCUCAAUGGAGACAUGCAGAUUUUCUCAGGACUAGUAGCUUUGAGAAAGAUUUGCAACCACCCUGACCUCUUCUCUGGUGGUCCCAGGAUUUUGAAGGGUGUACCAGAUGCUGAAGUGGAGGAAGCAGAUCAGUUUGGAUAUUGGAAACGUUCUGGAAAAAUGGUAGUGGUAGAAUCCUUGCUGAAAAUAUGGCACAAGCAAGGUCACAGAGUGUUGUUUUUUACUCAGUCAAGACAGAUGCUGCAGAUACUUGAAGUCUUUGUGAGAGACAGAAACUAUUCCUACCUCAGGAUGGAUGGCACCACAACAAUAGCUUCUAGACAGCCCCUUAUAACAAGAUACAAUGAGGACAAAUCCAUAUUUAUUUUUCUUCUAACAACUCGUGUUGGUGGCAUUGGAGUUAACUUGACUGGUGCUGACAGGGUUAUUAUUUAUGAUCCUGACUGGAAUCCCAGUACAGACACACAGGCUCGGGAACGUGCUUGGAGAAUAGGCCAAAAGAAACAGGUGACUGUGUAUAGGCUUCUCACCGCAGGUACUAUUGAAGAGAAGAUAUACCACAGACAAAUCUUCAAGCAGUUUUUAACGAAUAGAGUGCUGAAAGACCCUAAGCAGAGGCGCUUUUUCAAAUCCAAUGACCUUUAUGAACUUUUUACUCUGAGCAGCCCAGAUGUAUCUCAGGGGACAGAAACGAGUGCAAUUUUUGCAGGUACUGGUUCAGAUGUUCAAGUCCCAAAACACCAAUUGAAACGGAAACUUGAAAAGCCACCUGAUAAUGACACUUCUAAAGGUGAUCUCCAUCUUACAGAAAGCACCUCACCAAAGUACAGCAAGUCAUCCAAUUCCUAUUCAACCACCCACAUGACAAAUUCUUCUUCUAAAACAAUAGAGACAAGUGAGGAAACCAAAGGAAAUUUGGAAGCCUUUGACCAAAAUAGCAAUGCCAAAGAUAAUGCACAAGCUGUUACUAAUAUAAAUUCAUUGAAUAAAAGCAAGGACGAAAGCUUGGAAAGAGCUGACAAAUCUAUGUCCCAGUCAUUGCCAGGUGAUGUAGGGUCUUCAGAGAAUGCCAAAUGUCUGAAUGCUGUGGUGGCUGAUGAAGUACAUGGAGCAGCUAAUGCAAAUGUCAAGGGAGAUUUUAGCCUUACGUGUGGUGCAGCUGGCUCUUGGGAAAAGCAGGUUGCUAAAACUGAAGAUGGGCAAUUAGAUAAUAAUCAUUAUAAAUGUACCUCAAAAACAAAGCACAGGGUGGAUAUGCUGUCACAUGAGAGCCACAAAGAUAAGUCUAAGAAGAAACGUCACAAAGAUGCCAAAUUUGAAGGAGAGCGCAUUCCUCAUCUAGUGAAACAAAAGCGAUACAGAAGGGAAAACAGUGAAGAGAAGGAGGAGGACUCAAAGAAAAAUGAUGAUUACGUCUUGGAGAAACUUUUCAAAAAAUCAGGGGUACACAGUGUUAUGAAGCAUGAUGCCAUUAUGGAAGCUUCCAGUGCAGAUCAUGUGCUGGUGGAAGCAGAAGCAAACAGAGUGGCCCAGGAUGCCUUAAGAGCCUUGAAAGUCUCUCGACAGCGAUGUUUAGGAGCUGCUUCUGGUGUGCCAACCUGGACAGGCAUGAGCGGUCUUUCAGGUGCACCACCAGGAAUAAAGACUCGGUUUGGUCAAAAAAGAAACCCCAUGCUGCUUUCUUCACAUUCCACUUGUGCAUCACCUGCAAAGAAGUGCAAGGAUGCAGAUACAAUAAAGAAAGAAAAUGUAAAGAAGUGUAGUUCCAAUGGACACUUUGAUGGAAAAUCUGGAGAAUCGUCGUCCAGUGCACUGGACUCUUCAUCUUUAUUAGCUAAGAUGAGGGCAAGAAACCACCUUAUUUUACCACAACGGAUAGGGAAUGAGGGAGAUGAGAAUCAUCAGCAAGCACCUGCCCCAGCCCCGGGUUCAACAGAAUAUGAUGAACUGCUCGUGGAUGUGCGUAACUUCAUAGCGUUCCAGGCCCACACGGACGGCGAGGCUAGCACUCAGGAAAUACUGCACGAAUUUGAGUCCAAACUGCCUGUGGCGCAGUCCUGCGUCUUUAGAGAACUUCUCCGCAAUCUCUGCACCUUCCAUAGGAGCCCGAACGGUGAAGGUGUCUGGAGGCUAAAGCCAGAAUUCCGCUGACCUUUGUCAAGGGAAGGCACCUGUCUGUGCACUCGGCCACCACUCUCCUUUCAAAGACUUACUGUUUGUCUUUUAAAAUGAUGAAUUAGUUCGUAUUCAUAAUUUAAUAAUUGACUUGAGCAGUCAGUG